AUGAUGAUGGAUAGUUACGAUGAAUGUAAUUUUCAUAAUAAUCGAUUAGAAUUGAUAUGUUUUGAUUGUAAUAUAGCAUUGUGCUCACAAUGUUCACCACAACACUCACAACAUUCAUUCGAACACAUAAAGAAUAUUAAAUCUAAUAAUAGUUGUCACUUUAGCAUUGAUAAACUUGGAGAGUCUAUCGAGAAGCUGUGGUCAACCGUCAAAACAAAGAUAUCGAUCUACGAGCAACUAGAACAUACAGAGACUGAUAUCUCCAACAAAUUCAACGAGCUACAUGAACAUCUUCGUGUUGAAGAGCAUCGUCUAAAGAAACCGAUAGUCUCACACAAAGAUGAAUUGGAACAACUCAUCACCAAUGAUAUCAACAACAUGAAAUCGUUGAAUUCCAUUAUAAAUUCAUUAGUAGUAUCUACUAAAGGCAAAGAAGAAUUAGAUAAAGAAGUGGAGGAAAAGUUAACAGAUAAUAUAAUAAGUGAAGAUAUAAAAGAGAGUUAUACAAUACGUGCAAUCAUUGAAUCAAUAAAACAAUCGAAUAAUAUCAAUGAAUUCAUAAAGAAUAACAUUGAUACGCUAUUCUAUAGUCAUGAUAUUAACACCAACAAACAAUCAGAUAUAAAUGAUGAUAACAUUAUAUUACAUUUAAUUAUUAAUCAUAAUAGUAAUUUUAAAUAUGAUUAUACAAAUAGUAAUAAUAAUAAUGAUACAGAUAGUAAUAAUAAUAAUAAUAAUAAUAAUAUAUUAGAGAAAUUACAACAACAAUAUCUUUAUAAUUUACAUGUUAAUAACAAGUCGAUAGAUAGCUAUAAAAAAGAUAUUAGAUCUUCAUUCAAGUUGGUACACCAAUAUCUACAAAAGACAAAGUCGACCUAUAUAUUCACUACCGACGAUAAUAGAAAGGCAACGCUAAUAACACUGCCAAUCAAUUGCGAUGACGAUGAAUACGACGAUUACAAAGUAGAGAAUUUGGAUGUCGAGUUGAGUGCUUGCUGGUCUUACAACUCUACGAUCACGGUUGGCGAGUAUAUCUAUAGCUUCGGUGGUGGAUUCCUUCAAUCAAAGAUAUUCCAGAGAUUCUCGAUGGCCAGCAGAUCAAUAGAUAUCGAGAGAGACAUGGAUGGUGUUGAUCCUUGUCGUUUUGUUUCGGUUGCUCACGACGGUGCUGAUCUGAUCUAUAUACUCGAUGGCGACGACCGUGAAGACACCAUAGUCUACCGCUACAAUAUAGUAUCACAGACAUUCGAGAGAUACUCAAUCAUAAAGAACUACGUCGUUGAACUGUCGUUCUUCUAUGAUCAACAUCUCUAUUCCGUCAGUUCACUUAAGAAUCGUAUUAUCAAGUUCAAUCCUGCUACGAAAACAACUGUAGAGCUACCGGUGGAUCUCUCAAAGUACAACAGAUACCGAUGUUCGAUGUGUACCGACGGUCAAGAGAGUGACAUUUGGGAAUCGAUAUUUCAAGAGCAAUCAAAGAGAACAGGUUGUGCAUCAUCAAUAAUCAUGUAUUAA